GAUAAAGAUUGUGAUUGUUAGAGACAGUACUCUAACAAUGAAGAAAGGUGUUAGUUUCCUGGUAACUGUUGCUCUCAUAGCAUUGGUUUCCUCUCUUGCCUCUGCCUCUGAUCCAGGCCCACUGCAGGACACCUGUGUUGCCAUUGAUGAGCCCAAUGAUGCUGUUUUUGUGAAUGGAAAGUUCUGCAAGGACCCAAAGCUGACCAUGGCCGAGGAUUUCUUCUCUUCAGGCCUGGAUAAGCCAGGAAACACAUCAAAUCAAGUACGGUCAAAUGUCACUACCGUAAAUGUUGACAAAAUAAAGGGACUCAACACUCUUGGCAUAUCCAUUGUUCGUAUUGACUAUGAACCAUAUGGCCAAAACCCUCCUCACACUCAUCCUCGUGCUACUGAGAUCCUAACUGUCUUGGAGGGAACCCUCUACGUUGGCUUUGUCACUUCCAACCCUGAAAACCGUCUCAUUAGCAAAGUCCUCAACAAGGGGGAUGUAUUUGUGUUUCCUAUUGGUCUCAUUCACUUCCAGUUUAAUGUUGGGCACACUAAUGCAGUAGCCAUUGCUGGUCUGAACAGCCAAAAUCCAGGUGUAAUCACCAUAGCAAAAGCAGUGUUUGGAUCGAAUCCACCCAUCAAUCCUGAUGUUCUCACAAGGGCCUUCCAGUUGGAUAAGAAUGUGGUUGACUACCUUCAAUCACGCUUCUCGUAAGACAAGAACUAAGUGAGAAUCAAGAAAAUAAAUACAUGAAGAGGAUUUCUGCUGAAGUGACUAUUUGCAAUGUUCCCUCAUUAUAAUUAUCAUAGUAUAAUAAGAGGGCCUUUUUUUUUUUUUCCUUUUUUCUGUAACUCUUCUGCUGUGGAGCUAAGGCUUAAUUAAUAUUAAUAAAGCAGUUUGUUGAUCA